GAUUUCUCCUGGGCGGCUAUGCCUCGAUUGGUCGGCUCACUUUGUGUUUCCGCCCUCUCCCGCUUCAGGUUCAACAUCGUUUAGAGAAGCAGAGACUGAAUGAUAAUUGGAAUAUGUAUGUUUGACAGCAUCACUUUUUAGGGUGUGUCCUUGGAGCGCCUCGCCAUGGAAAGUGUACGCUGGGCAUUUUCAUACCGUGCCUGGGCCCCUUGCUGUGAGGAAUGGUUGUUAGCCAUGCGCCUUGUGCAGCCUGAAGAGAAAAAACGCAUUGAACAGUUCGUCUUUGGUCGGGAUGCCAAAGCUGCUAUGGCUGGCCGCCUGAUGAUAAGAAAAUUAAUUGCGGAAAGGCUGAAGAUUCCUUGGAACAAAAUACAGUUACAAAGGACUUCACAAGGCAAACCUGUCCUUAUAAACGCAUUACGCAGCACCCAGUCCAAUUUCAGCUUUAAUGUUUCUCAUCAAGGAAAUUACACUGUACUGGCAGCUGAACCUGAUUGUCAGGUUGGCAUUGAUAUCAUGAAGACUACGAUGCCAGGAAGUGGUUCAAUUCCUGAUUUUUUUAAGCUUAUGAAACGGCAGUUCACGGAAGAAGAAUGGCGAGUUAUCAAGUCCAUGAAGAAUGAAUGGCUUCAGUUGGAUAUGUUUCAUAGGCACUGGGCAUUAAAAGAGAGCUUUGUAAAAGCCAUUGGUGUUGGAAUAGGAUUUGACCUUCAAAGGAUAGAAUUUAAUGUGUCCCCAGUGGAGCUGGAAGUAGGAAAAACAUACAAUGAAACUAUUGUACUCUUGGAUGGUGAAGAAGAAAAGGAGUGGACAUUUGAGGAGACCCGAUUAGAUGAUUGCCACCAUAUUGCAGUUGCUCUUGGAAAAUCAGGAGAGUUUGAAAAGUACCACUCUGGGAUGAUUCCCAGCAAUAAGCCUGCAUUUACAAUACUGACUUUCAAUGAUUUAGUUGCCUCUGCUAUUCCUCUUACACCAGAAGACCCUGCUUGUUGGGAAAGCUUUUGUUCUAGACAGGAAAAGCCAACACGACAGAGCAGCACUCCAAGAUGAGAGAAGCUGGAUUUACCGAAAAAGAAAUUGAAAGCCUUCAGAGGCUGCAAAUUGUUAUUUUACCAACAGCUAAUUGGUGUGGAAAUGUAUGGGGCAAGAAGGAGAGCACUUGAGGGAGAAACCUUUUAAAAUUGUUUUUCUUGCUGUGUAUACAUUUGUAAAUAUUUUCCCAUAUCGCUCAGAUUUGAUUUAACUGUUCUAUGGCUUAACUUGUAUAAGUGGCUCAUUCUUCUUUCUGUGUAAUGAAAGAAAUUGGUAUAUUUCCAUUGACUCCUAUGCAUGAAUCAGGGAACGUAUCAGUUUUCUCUGUUGAAUGACCUGUGUAAUUAAUAAUAAUAAUAAUAAUAAUAAUAAUAUAAUAAUAUUUUAAUUUGUAUACCACCCUUCUCCCGUAGGACUCAGGGCGGUGCACAGCCAGAAUAAAAAACAAAAAGAACAGUACAUAUAAUAUUAAGAACAACCCCUUAAAAAACUUAUUCAAUUGGCCAAAAAUUUAAAAUACAAUAACACCCUAUAAAGUUUACAAAAAUUUAAAACCCAUAAAAGCAAAUUAAAAUUUUUUAAAUCAAGCCAGUCCAGCUAAACGGAAUAAAUAGGUUUUAAGUUCGCGGCGAAAGGUCCGAAGGUCGGAUAGUUGACGAAGUCCAGGGGGAAGUUUGUUCCACAGGGUAGGAGCCCCCACAGAGAAGGCCCUCCCCCUGGGGGCCACCAGUCGACAUUGCUUGGCUGACGGCACCCUAAGGAGUCCCUCUCUGUGAGAACGCACCGGUCGCUGGGAGAUAGAAGAUGGCAGUAGAUGGUCCCGUAAAUAUCCUGGUCCUAAGCCAUGGAGCGCUUUGAAAGGUAGUCACCAAUACCUUGAAGUGCACCCGGAAGACAACAGGCAGCCAGUGCAGUCUGCGCAGGAUGGGUGUUACAUGGGAGCUCCGAACCACUCCCUCUAUCACCCGCGCAGCUGCAUUCUGGACUAACUGGAGUUUCUGGGUGCUCUUCAAGGGGAGCCCCAUGUAGAGAGCAUUGCAAUAGUCCAAGCGAGAGGUCACGAGAGCAUGAGUGACCGUGCAUUGGGCAUCCCGGUGCAGGAAGGGGCGCAACUGGCGAAUCAGGUGAACCUGAUAAAAAGCUCUCCUGGAGACGGUCAUCAAAUGGUCUUCGAAAGACAACCGCCCAUCCAGGAGAACGCCCAAGUUGCACACCCUUUCCAUCGGGGCCAAUGACUGGCCCCCAACAGUCAGCCGCAGCUGCAGCUGACUGUACCGGGAUGCCGGCAUCCACAGCCACUCCGUCUUGGAGGGAUUAAGCUUGAGCCUAAUUGCAGGAGAUAUACAGGGUAGGUGUUGCAUGUCUAUUUCACGAAAGAAAUAUACUGAUAAGGUAUUAUGUGAUUAAUUUCAAUUUCCCCAAUAAUCACCUCGUUGUUCCUACUGUAAUUCUUAUAUAUUCAAAUGUGCUACCCUACCACAUAAUGGAAAUGAGUGGAAGAAGAAAAGUGCAAGGCCCUGUGGACUCUUUCCAUUCCAGAAUAGUUGGUAAAUGGUCUCUAGUUACCUAUCAUGACAAAGAAGGUCUAAUGAUGGUGUCCUAUAAUAAGGAAACACUUGGGCUUUAAGGCUCAAGUGUUAAGGGAAACACCUGGACCUUAUGCAAGCCUGUCUGUAUAACUUAAAAAGUUGCCAAGGUUAGCAUAUCUAAUAAAUGUGGUUGUGAGAAAGGGAAUAAACACAGCUGCUUUUGAGUUAUGUAUUUCCAGGUAAUGACAAGAAGUAAUGAAAACAAUCUCCUGUAUAACGUGUAGCUUAAUAUACCUCCUAGCUAUAACAGCAGAUGGUUGUCUUGAGUUUUAUACCCUUUACUUCCCGGACUAUUUCUUUUUCAGAACUGAAAUUGCAUGUGUGUGUAUGUGAAAAGUAUGUUCUGAAUCUAGGAAAUGACCCUGGGCCUUGGAUUGCAGUGGAGCCCUAGACAUGCCCUAGCCCUAGACAUGUUGGGUGGAAGUUCAACCAGGAAAAUAAUCUUUAGCUGCUUUCAAGUCUUAAGUAUAUAGAGUGUCUGUACCUGCGUCCCAUGCCCAGUCUCCAAAUAUGAUUCAAAGGGCAAGGGAUAUGAAAAAUCUGUUAUUGAGAAUUAGCUAUUGUCAGUCAGAGUAGACAUUAUGAGAGUAAAUCUUAAUCCCCCAGUGUGGCAUCUCUGAACACCACUGUAGUCCAAGAGACUUCUUUAGGUUCAUAUCAGAGUCAAUAAUCCAUCAUUUUUAAAGGGGGUUCUAGUUAAAAAAUAGAUGAACGGUAUAUUCUCAACUAUAAUUUCUAUUUUCAAAGAUGUCCCUUGGCCUUAUUUAAAAUCAGAGGCAAAACCUAAACGGGGGAAUGGCCUCACCAGUUUGCCUUCUGUUAAAUAGAUGCUUUGUUAUUCAUUCUGCUCACUAUUAACAUUUUUUUAAGGCUUCAUAAUCUCAAAAUUCUAAAUGUACCCAGAGUCCCAAAAAAUAUACGAGUCUAGAUGGACCAAUAGAAGACAGCAAGAAAGCUUCAGUGUUUUUCAGUACCAUGGAAAGAUCCUGGAGAGUAGAUGAAGUGCCCUAGUAACAAGAUAUUUGGAGUUGAACUUUUCUACCAUCAAAUGCCAUCACCUUCAAAAGCCUAAAUCUCAUAAAUUGCCAAAAUGAUUAGCAAAAAUUGGGGUGGGGUGGGGGGAAAGGAUUGGAUGCCAAUUAGGCUUGUCCCCCAUUAGAAGUGGGCUGUCUGCAGGAUAUCAUAUUUAUCCUGAUACUAUUGUACCUUUCAUCAGGUUCUGUCAUCUCCUUUUUAUUUAAUAAGAGAGGAUACUGGGUAGUAUUUUAGUUUAUUAUAACCCCCUUGGAGUUUCUCCCUUAGAGAAUACAGUAACACAAUGCAAUGGGACCUUGGAAUUCUAGUCCAACCCGUUGCUCUAGUAGGAAACCCUAUACCAUUUCAGACAAAUGGUGCAUUGUCCGGUCUAAUGCCUCUUUCCAAGCAUCUGAACUUUGAUCAUGUGGUUGUCCAGUCUUUUCUUAAAAACCUCCAUGAUGAGCCCUCACAACUUCUGAAGGCAGUUCCACUGAUCAGUUCCACUGAUUAAUUGUUCUCACGCGCAGGAAAUUUCUCCCUAGUUCUAGAUUGGAUCUCUCCUUGACAAGUUUCCAUCUGUUACUUCUUGUUCUGCCCUUAGGUGUUUUAGAGAAUAGGUUGACCUCUCUUCUCUGUGACAGCUCUUCAAAUAUUGGAAGGCUACUAUCGUGUCACACUGCUAGUCCUUUUCUUUGUUAGACUAGACAUACCCAAUUUCUGUAACCAUUCAACGUAUGUUUUAGUCUCCAACCUUUUAAUCUCCUUUUUUGCAUUAUACUCUUUCCAGAGUCUCAACCUUUUUUGUAUUAUAGCGAUCAAAACUGGAUGCAGUAUUCCAAGUGCAAUCUUACAAAGGAUGUUUAAAGUGGUACUAACACUUAUAUUAUGAUGAGCCGCAGUGGCAUAGUGGUUAGAGUGCAGUACUGCAGGCUCCUUCUGCUUAUCACCGGCUGCCAGCAGUAUGGCAGAUCGAAUGUCACCAGGCUCAAGGUUGACUCGGCCUUCCAUCCUUCUGACGUGGGUAAAAUGAGGACCCAGAUUGUUGGGGGCAAUAGGCUGACUCUGUAAACUGCUUAGAGAGGGUGGUAUAUAAGUCUGAGUGCUAUUGCUAUAUGACCUUGAUACUAUCUCUCUUGAUGCAACUUAGGAUCUCAUUGGCUUUUUUGGCAGCUACAGUAUAGCUGGCUCAUAUUAAAGUGGUUGUCCACUAGGACUCGUAUAUCCCUUUCACAGUUAUUGCUUAUGAGCCAUAUACACCUAUUCUAUAACUGGGAAUUUGGUGCAUUAGGCAAAAUGAUAAGUGAUAAGGCUAUACUGGUUUUACUUCUUUUUUCAGAUUAUAACCCGAUUGUCAGGGGACUUAACUGGUUUGCAAUAAAUCAGUUCUUUUAUACAUAAAUCCAAGGCUCACUAAUACAAUUUUAGGGAUGAAAGUAAUUUAAGGCUAAAUUGAAUUGAAUUGCUUGUCCAGUGCAGGGAUUCAAAUAUUCCUAAGAGCUCUCUCUCUUAAAGAGGGGUAUUCAGAAUAGCACACAGUGCUUAGGAUGGUGUAUGACCAAAGCAAAAUAGAGUGGUACUUUGCUUCCCAUAAUUUGGAAACUGCUCCUGCGGGUUAAAAUUAUAUCCUGAGCCUUAAAUCUGCUAAUGCUUUUUCUACAGUUCUGGCUAUAUAUAUAUAUAUAUAUGUAUAUAUAUAUAUAUGUGUGUGUGUGUUUUCUGAGGUUUUCGCGGGUGUUUGUAUGUAGAUCUUUGGUUAUUCGGGUUUUCUCCUGUGUAAAAUUGGAAGUGUCUUGGCGACGUUUCGACGAAGUCUCAUUCGUCAUCUUCAGGCUUCAGCUUCGUGCUUCUUCCACACUCACGAGGUCCACACAGGAUGUCACCACCACACAUCCACCCAGAAAGCAGACCCAAACCCACACUGAUCAUGAAGCACGAUUAAUGACCAGAAGCCAGACCGCAGCUGCAACAUUGGCCAUUUCAAACCCCUCCAAUCCAUACAUGCAGCAGAAAACCCGAAUAA